GACGUCAAUCCUAGUGGGUCAGCUGGCCCCCGCCAUCGAAAGGAAGCGAGAACCUCUCCCAUUGGGAGACAUCACCAUCACCUCCCGACCCCAAAGAAAAAAAAAUGGAACAAACCUUAUCAUCGUGACUUCGGUCGUCGUUGGUGGCCUUAUUUAUGAUCAUAUUGAUUAAUUAAUGUGUUUAUUUCCCCCAACGAGCAAUGACUGAGUUCGCUCGCUGCGGCUGCUGAGAAGCAGGUGCGGCAUGAUCGACGAAAGCAUCACUUUCUCUCCCCCGUCUCGGCAUGGCCCCGGACAGGCCACAUUCGCUGGAGAGACAGCCUCACGGUUGCACCGUCGCUGAGGUCGCUCUUUUGUGUUAUUCGGAGGGAGUCAACUAGCUGGGCCGUGACACGACGAACUGGUGGCCGCGGCGGCGAAGGAAGAGGAGGAGGAGUGGCCCUUCGUAUAUUUUUUUCGCACGAUUACAUUUCCUUCGUCGAUGUGACCGUUAUGCGGAAUUACACGUUUCUCCUGCGUUGACCUGAUCCCCAAAACACCUCGACAGUCGACGAGGCCUUUGAAAGUCUUCAUCUGGCUCACCCACAGACGCCAAGAUGAUGGAGCUACAGAUUGACGAGGUGGUCUACCAGGAUGACUAUGGCUCCUGUACCGUCAUGUCGGAGCGAGUGUCGGGCCUGGCCAACAGCAUCUACCGGGAGUUUGAGAGGCUUAUCCGCAGCUACGACGAGGAAGUGGUGAAAGAGCUCAUGCCGCUGGUGGUGAAUGUCCUCGAGAACCUGGAUGCCGUGCUGUUAGAGAACCAGGAACACGAAGUGGAGCUGGAGCUCCUGAAAGAGGACAACGAACAGCUGAUCACCCAGUACGAGAGGGAGAAGGCGCUGCGCAAGCAGGCGGAGGAGAAAUUCAUUGAGUUUGAAGAUGAGUUGGAGGAAGACAAGAAGGACCUGCAGGCCCAGGUGGAAUUUUUGGAGCUGCAGGGAAAACAACUGGAGCUGAAGUCAAAGAACUAUGCGGACCAAAUCACGAGGUUGGAGGAAAGGGAGUCUGACAUGAAGAAAGAAUACAACGCUCUGCACCAGCGCCACACCGAGAUGAUCCAGACGUACGUCGAGCAUAUCGAGCGCUCCAAAUUGCAGCAGACGGGAAGCGGCCAAUCGGAUGGCAGCGGACGAACUCACCGUCACACAUGGAGGAAAAGCAAAGCGGAGCGUCCGCCGUCGUUGAGCCUGUACCCCAGCGGCGAGGGCAUGGUACGUGGGGGUCUCGGGGGGGCUAGGAUCAUGCCCGGGAAAGACAUCUGGCAGGUCAGCGAGCUCGGCCAGUCCACCCUCAGUUCGGCCUAUCAGGAGGACGGAUCCGAGUCCGACUCUGUGGCAGCCACCCCCAGCAGCACCGGAAGCAAAUCCAACACACCCACCUCCUCUGUCCCCUCCGCCACCAUCACCCCGAUCAACGAGGGCUUCCUCCCUUCCUCCGAGUUUGAUGCCAUGCGGGCGGGCAGCCGGGGGAGGAAAAGCGGCAAGAGGCUGAGCCGGAAUAUGGAAGUGCAGGUUUCCCAGGAAACUCGGAACGUCAGCAUCGGUAUGGGAAGCAGCGACGAGUGGUCAGAGUUUCAAGAGAUCAUCGAUUCUACUCCCGAGUUGGACAUGUGUGUGGAUCCGCGCUUGUACGGAGGAGGAAACAGCCCCUCCCAGGGAAUCGUGAACGAGGCCUUCGGAAUCAACACGGAUUCUUUGUACCACGAGAUCAAAGACGCCAAGUCGGACAUCAUCGGGGACGUCGAUGCCGGGGCGGAGCUUCUUGGGGAGUUCUCAGUCCGAGAUGAUUUCUUCGGAAUGGGCAAGGAGGUGGAGAACCUGCUGACAGAGAACAAACAACUCCUCGAGACCAAAAAUGCUCUCAACAUUGUCAAAGACGAUCUUAUUGCCAAAGUGGACGAGCUGUCCAGCGAGCACGAGGUGCUACGGGAGGAGCUGGAGGCCGUCAGGCAGUCCAAGAGCAAGUUGGACGCCAGAAUUAAGGAGCUGGAAGAAGAACUACGCAGGUUAAGGGCCGAGGCUCUGGGAGCAUCUCGGGACUCCAAGGAUGAAGGAAACGACGAUUUCUCAUCGCCCAUCCAAGACGGCGAUAUGACCAUGACCCAGAGGCGGCGCUUCACGCGGGUGGAGAUGGCCAGGGUGCUGAUGGAGAGGAACCAGUACAAAGAGAGGCUGAUGGAGCUGCAGGAGGCCGUGCGAUGGACCGAGAUGAUUCGGGCUUCGCGUGAGAGUCCUGCAAUCCAAGAGAAAAAGAAGUCCACCAUCUGGCAGUUCUUUGCACGUCUCUUCAGCUCGUCGUCCAGUCCUCCGCCCGUCAAGCGUCCGUACUACAGCGUCAACAUUCACUACAAGUCGCCCUCGCCGGCGGGCUUCCCUCAGCGCCGCAGCCACACCAUGUGUCAGAUCUCCACUUCCAACCGCACCUUGGAAUUCUUCCCCGAAGAACUGGCCAGUAACGGUGUCGCGUCUCUCCUCAGUGACUCGGCACUGUUGGCCCGCCGAGAGCAGCGGCGGGAACAGUACCGGCAGGUGCGCGAGCACAUGCGUCGCGACGACGGCAUCAUGCAGGCCUGCGGCUGGAGCGUGCCGCCGCGUUUCAAACAGACCGCCGGUCAGACGGACGGCGCCCAGGACAGCCAGCUGAAAAGACAACAGACCACCGGUGAAAAAGACGACAAUCGCAUGAAGAAUGUUCCGGUGCCGGUCUACUGUCGGCCCCUCGUCGAGAAAGACCCCAAUAGGAAGCUGUGGUGUGCCGCCGGCGUGGACCUGACGGGAUGGAAAAGCGGCAGUCAAGAGUCGGAGGCGCCGAAAGCGCUCCCCGGCGGAAGCGACCCUCUGCAAGCGGAAGAGAAUGACGGAGGAGGCAAGAAGAGCAAGAACAACUCUCCCGAGAAGAGGAAGUCCAAGGAGCUGCAGGAAACCGACACCAUGAGCAGCCGCGUUUGGAUCCUCACCAGCACGCAUUCUGCCAGUAAAGUGGUGAUCAUCGACGCCAACCAGCCGGGCUCGCUCGUCGACCAGUUCAACGUGUGCAAUGCUCACGUCCUCUGCAUCUCCAGCGUGCCAGCUGCCAGUGAGAGCGACUAUUCGGCUGGAGAGAUCGUUUUGGAUGCGGGUGACGGUGGCGCGGGGGCGGGCGAUGAUGCCGGCAGUGUGGAGGGUAUGUUGGCUGGUAUCACGCUAGUGGGUUGCGCCACUAACUGCAGUGUUGCCCGUAGCAACUGCUCCUCACGCACUGACACUCCCAUAAUGGACAAAGGACAAGCCCCCGUCGCUCCCCCCACAAGCAGCAAGAUUCUCCCGGCCCAGUCCGCCGAGGAGGCCACAGAAGCCACCGAAGUUCCCGAGUCAACAUCCGGUCACGCGGAACUCAAAUCCGCACCCUCGGGGCCGCCGUUCAUGGAGCACGUCUUCACCGAUCCGCCGCCUCGAUCGGCCGACGCCUCCGACAGGGCCGCCGGUCAGUCCAAAGAGGAAACGUCAGUACCUCCAGAAAUAGAAGACGCCGGUGAAGAAAGCAAGAUUUACACCAGCAUGGCGCCCACCAUGUGGCUCGGGGCCCAGAAUGGCUGGCUUUACGUCCACUCGGCGGUUGGCAACUGGAAAAAUUGCCUCCACUCCAUCAAACUGAAAGACUCUGUGCUCAGUCUGGUGCACGUGAAGGGUCGCGUGCUGGUGGCCCUCGCCGACGGCACCCUCGCCAUAUUCCACCGAUCGGAGGACGGCCAAUGGGAUUUGUCCAACUACCACCUGAUGGACCUGGGCCGACCUCAUCAUUCCAUCCGCUGCAUGGCCGUGGUGCACGAUAAAGUGUGGUGCGGCUACAAGAACAAGAUCCACGUCAUUCAGCCGAAAAGCAUGCAGAUCGAGAAGUCCUUCGACGCCCACCCUCGGCGGGAGAGCCAAGUGCGCCAGCUGGCUUGGAUCGGCGACGGCGUGUGGGUGUCCAUCCGGCUGGACUCCACGCUGCGCCUCUACCACGCCCACACGCACCAACACCUGCAGGAUGUGGACAUCGAGCCGUACGUCAGCAAGAUGCUCGGCACCGGCAAGCUGGGCUUCUCCUUCGUACGCAUCACGGCUCUCCUGAUUGGUGGAAAUCGCCUGUGGGUGGGCACCGGAAAUGGCGUCAUCAUCUCCAUCCCGCUAACAGAGACGGUGGUCCUUCACCGGGGACAACUCCUGGGUCUGAGGGCCAAUAAGGUGUCUCCGACAUCAUCCGGAGGUGUGAUCCACGUGUACGGCGACAACGGCUCCGAGAAAAGCAACGGAAGCUUCAUCCCCUACUGCUCCAUGGCACAGGCGCAGCUCUGUUUCCAUGGACACCGCGAUGCCGUGAAGUUCUUCGUCACAGUACCCGGCAACGUUCUGGCCACGCUGAAUGGCAGCGUGCUGGACAGCCCGACAGAGGGUCCGGGCUCCGCGGCCCCUCCGGAGAUGGAAGCCCAGAGUGUUCAAAAUGUACUCGUGCUGAGCGGCGGCGAGGGCUACAUUGACUUCCGCAUAGGGGAUGGUGAGGACGAUGAGACAGAAGAAGGAGAAAGCGACGGCGCCUCCCAGGUCAAACCUGCUUUGUGUAAAGCGGAGCGGAGCCACAUCAUCGUGUGGCAGGUGUCUUACAUGCCCGAGUGAUUUCUUCAUGACUCUCUCCUCGCAGCCACUCAAACUCUAAUCACCGCUCAUGUAUAAGUUCUCCCUUCUCAAUCCAUUAUCGUACAAGCUGUCCAUCAUCCCUCGUGCCCCGUCAACUACUAACCUUAUUGCCUUGUGCGUUCCUAAUCUGCCUGCCAUGCUUUUCCCCAUCCCCCAUCGGGGCAUUCGAAAUAUCAUUGUGGGCCUUGUAACUCCGCUUCAUAACUACUGGACCUUAUCUGUCGUGUAUUCGCCUUUCAAGCACUAUGCCCUAUAAUCUCCCGCAUCAGCGCCACGGUUACUUCGCUUCCUUUCGUUUGCCAACUGGCAAACAUGAAAUCCUUCUCAAAGCUCCCCCGCCCCCCAAAAAAACUCCAUUGUACGUACCAAAAACAAAAAGAUGCUGAGAUUACAUUUCACGUAGCCAAUAGUUCUAUUUGUUGGAAUAUUAACAAUUGAAUCACUUUGUCGUGAUUGCAAAUGGAUGGUGAAGGCAUGUUCACCUCAAGAGUCGGGAGGUAAAACCUGCGGUCGUCUGUUUCCAACUUAAGAUCUGAUGUCAUUGCGGCGUUUCGGGUGACGGAAAGCAGGUGAAUUUAUCAUCACUGUGUGUACAGGUCACUGUAAAUGUCGCCAAAGCCCACAUCCUCUAUGGUCAAUAUGGAAAUUCAUGUAUCGAUCUCUGUGUGGAUGAUAACCUAUUAAACAUACGUGUGCUA